AUGCUGGGCAACAACCUGCCGUCCAGCAGCGACGUGGUUCAGCUCUACAGGUCCAAGGGCAUCAACGGCAUGCGCAUCUACUCCCCCAACGCCAACGCGCUCAACGCCCUGCGCAACUCGGGUAUCGUCCUCGUGCUCGACACCGGCAAUGGCGACGAGCUUAGCCGGCUCGCUGGCAGCGCCUCGUACGCGGCGUCAUGGGUGCAGAGCAACGUGAAGCCCUACUACCCCGCGGUGAACAUCAAGUACAUCGCCGUGGGCAACGAGGUGCAAGGCGGCGCGACGCAGAGCAUCCUUCCGGCGAUGCGGAACCUGGACGGCGCCCUGUCGCGCGCGGGGCUGUCGGCCAUCAAGUGCUCCACGUCGGUGCGCUUCGACGUGGUCGCCAACUCCUACCCGCACUCCAGCCGAGGCGGUCGAUGCCAAGGCCCCUAG